AUGGAGAUCAUCAUCUUCUACCUGGUCCCCAAGGUGUUGAAGAAAGACUUUAACACGAUGAUUGUCAUGUACGAGUAUAGAAUCGAGAUCGGGAAGCAGUCGGCACCCGACUUGCCCACCGACAUCGUCGAAGCCGCCACCAUUAAUGUGUCUACCAAGGACGACUUUGUGGUCUGCAGAAGUUUCCAUAAGAGCACAGGACUGAAGAAGAUGGUGAUGUCAUCAUAUGCCCCGCCCAGUCUUAUGUCUAUUGGGGCAGCGCAGCAUCGGGGCUUCCUCAAAUCCAGUACAUUGGCUCCUCUCAUGUACUACGACGUGUUGUUGUCAUUGGCGCCACCGCCGCUGCUACUUGCAACUUCUGUGUACCACAUGCUUACCAUCGGAGCCAGAUCAUCCAUGAUGGCUAGUGUGGCGCUCCCAACUUCUGUCUACAUAUUUUUACAUUAG